CACAUGGCCAUCUCAGGGGUCAGCAGCACUUGACAGGGACCUUCUCAGCUUGGGUGGAGCUUGUCUUCUUUCCAAGUCUUAAUCAGCACCUAGUCGCCAGGCUGGAAGUGGCAAACUGCAAACUCAAGAGGAGUUUGAGUCAGAAGUCCUUUUAACCUAAGGGAUGACAGGGUGGAGGAUAAUGCCUGUAUAUAAUUUCUUAAGAACUGAUCCUUGGUUUCCAUAGUAGGAAGAUCUGUAGCUCUGCCCAAAUACAGGAGCCCAUAUAAUAACUCAUAGGGGGACAAUCCCAAGUCUUUUCUUGGGACUUCCUAAGGAGUGCUAUUGGGAGACAUUUUGUCCAAGGCAUUUUAGUUUAUUAGUUUGGUGAAAUGCUUUUUGAGAGUUUGAGUCAUUCUUUCUACCUUUCCAGAGGAAGGGGGAUGCCAAGGGGUGUAAUAAUCCCAUCUAAUUUGUAAACCUUCCAUAAUUCCCCUUAACACCCAGGAGGUAAAGUGGCUGCCAUUGUCUGAAUCAACGUUUUUCACCAGGCCAAAUCUAGGUACAGUCUGUUAUAAUAUUAUUUUGACCACAUUCCUGGCAGUGGCUGUUGGAAGGGGAAAGGCUUCCACCCAGCUGGAAAGGUAACCUAUAAUCACCAGUAAAUACUUCAGUCUUCCUACUUUGGGUACUUAUGUGAAAUCUACUUGAAUGCUCUGAAAUGGUCUUAGUCCAGGAGGUCUUCCUCCCGUGAACUGUUUUCUAAUCACCUCUUUGUUUAUCCUUUGACAAGUUACACAACUUCCACAUACUUGUUUAGCAAGUAAUUCUAACUCCACUGUUACAAACAGAUAGAGUAAUCCCUAUCUAUCCAUAAUUCUUAAAUAUUGCAUCACGCGGACUCUGGGGUCCCCAGUGACUCCCUUUGGGGAGUAAUACAGACAUCAGUUCUCUCAUCAGGGGUUUACUUAUCAUUUCUCUCCCAUCAGGAAGUACCCAUUUCCCAUCUUCAGUUUGAGUGACCCCUAUCCUGCCUAAUUCUUCCUUCUUCUCUCUGGUAAACUGAGGCCUUAAUACCACCGUAGGGAUGUCUGGUAUCAGGCUAAAUAGUCUAAUUUCUUCCUCCAGGGAGGCUUGCCUAGCAGCUUCAUCCACAAACCUGUUUCCUACAGCUUCUAUAGUGUUCCCGUUCUGAUGAUCAUUUACAUGAACUAUGGCUACCUCUGCUGGAAGCAGGAGACUUUCUAAAACCUGUUUGACCAGUUCCCCGUGUACCAAUUCUUUUCCCUUGCUAUUUAUUAGGCCCCGCUCUGUCCAGAUUUUUCCAAAAGUGUGUACCACCCCAUAGGCACAUUUAGAAUCAGUAUAUAUAUUUCCUUCCUGGCCUUCAAGGAGCUUUAGGGCCUGGUCAAGAGCAUGUAAUUCACAUUUUUGGGCCGACCAGCCAUUAGGUAAUCUACCUUUCUCACAUAAUGAGUGUUUAUUUCCAUCAAAGACAGCAUAACCAUUAUGUCCCUUGCCAUCUAUCACUCCGGAUGACCCAUCCACAAACAGUCUAAUCCAUCAUGUAGUGGAGCUUCCCUAAGGUCUGGUCUAACUUUGGCUUGGUAUUCUAUGGUAUCUAAGCAGUUAUGAUCUGAUGUCUCUUUGUUCUGGUCUCCUUUCCAUAGGAAACUGGCUGCAUUCAGGCAAGCAUCUGGUGUUACAACCAAAUAAUCUUUUUCUAGUAAUAUGGCUUCAUAUUUUAGAAUCUGAGAAUCCACUAACCAUCUCCCAGCUUUCUGAUUUAAUAUAUUCCUGACCUGGUGUGGGGUGUUUACUAUUAGGGCCCCACCAAACAUUAGCUUUCGACUCUCCUCUACCAGCAGGGCUGUCGCAGCUACUGCUUGCACACAUUCAGAUCACCCCUGAGAGACAGGAUCGAGAAGCUUGGAGACAAAAGCAACAGGUUGCCUCUUCCCUCCCCAGGUUUGAGUGAGCACCCCAAGCGCCAUGCCCCGGUCUACUGUUACAAACAGAUAGAAUGGUUUCUCUAAAGAUAGGAGGGCCAGGACCAGGACUGUAAUGAGGGCCUGCUUUAGCUCUUUCACUGCCUGAAUUUCAUUUAGGGACCAUUACAAGGGAUUGGGCUCCUCUUCUAGUAACUUGAGAUACAGAAUUUUGUCUUUUAAGCAUAUGAGUCAAUCCAUAACCUACUGCAGCCAGUUAAACCUAAAAAUUUUUGGAGUCUUCUCUUUGUCUUAGGCAAAGGCAAACCCACUAUUCCCAAUAUUCUGAGUUUAUUAUCCACUUCCUUUCACCAAUCAGGUGUCCUAAAUAUUUUCUUUUUCUACAAACUGCAAUUUGUUCUUAGAGACUCGCAAUCCCCUUUCUCAAAGAAAAUAAGGCAAGAUUAUGGUGGUUUCUGAUCACUCGGCCUUCCUUUUGCCAGAAAUUAAAAGUUCAUCUACAUAUUGUAACAACUGGGUUCCCCUGGAAGGUUGGAAUUCCUCCAGGACUAAGAUUUGACCAAAUAAGUUUGGGGCUUCUGUGAAACCCUGUAGCAGUACAGUCCAGUGGUACUGUUGUUUUCUCCCAGUUAUAGGAUUUUCUCAUUUCUUUUUUGCCUAUGAACAUCCAGUUACUCCAGCACCAUUUGUUGAAAACACCAUCCUUCCUUCACUGAAUGGCUUUUGAAUCUCUGUCAAAAAUCAGUUGGGUAUAUUUGUGUGGGUCUAGGUUAUUGUUGCCCAUUUCACUGAUCUAUGUGUCUCUCUGCCAUUACCAUACUGUCUUAAUUACCCUGGCAUACAAUGAGUAUUAUUUUUGGGUAGUGAUAUGGUUUGGCUCUGUCCCUACCCAAAUCUUAUAUUGAAUUGCAAUGCCCAUAAUCCCCACGUGUUGAAGGAAGAAACAGGUGGAUAUAAUUGAAUCAUGGGGGCAGGUUCCCCCUUCCUGUUCUCGUGAUAUAAGUUCUCACGAGAUCUAAUGAUUUUAUAACAGGGUUCCCCCUUAGCUCAGCUCUCGUUCUUCUCCUUCCUGCUGCCAUGUGAAAGGAUAUGUUUGCUUCCCCUUCCACCAUGAUUUUAAGUUUCCUGAGGCCUCCCCAGCCAUGCUGAACUGUGUUUAUAAACCUUUCCUUUAUAAAUUACCCAGUCUCAGAUACGUCUUUAUUAGCAGCAUAAGAACAAACACAGGUAAAAUGAUCCCUCUCACUUAAUUCCUCCUUUUCAGAAUUGUUGAAGCUACUCUGAUUUGUUUUUCCAAAUACAUUUUAGAAUAAUCUUGCCUGUAUAUGAAGCAGAAAAAAAAAACCUUGCUGGAGUUUUAAUAGGAAUUUUAUUAAACCUGCAUAUCGAUUUAGAGAUCAUUAACAUCUACACUAUGGUGAGUCCUCCAAUCCAUGUAUAUGGUCAUUUAUUUAGAUCUUCAAUUUCUUUCAUCAGUGUUUUGUUAUUUUCAGCAUGAGUCCUGUACAUCCACUGUCAGAUUUACACCUACAUAGUUUUUAUUUUGAGCAAUUAUCAAUGGUAUAUUUUUAAUUUUGGUUUCCAUGUGUUCAUUGCUAGUACAUAAAAGUACAAUUGAUUUUUUUCUAUUAUCUUAUAUCCUGAAACCCUGCUGAGUUUGUUUUUUAGUUCUAGAAAUUACUGUGUAGACUCCUUACGACUUUUUUUAAACCAUGUUUUUCAUUUCAUUUUUUAAAAGUUCAUUCAUUCAAAAAAUAGUUAGAUUGAACUGGGCACGGGGGCUCACGCCUGUAAUCCCAGCACCUUGGGAUGCUGAGGUGGGAGGAUCAUUUGUGUCAGGAGUUCAAGACCGGCCUGGCCAACAUGGUGAAACCCCAUCUCUACUAAAAAUAUAAAAAUUAGCCAGGUGUGGUGGUGGGUGCCUAUAAUCCCAGCUACUCAGGAGGCUGAGGAAGAAGAAUUGCUUGAACCCAGGAAGUGGAGAUUGCAGCGAGCUGAGACUGCAGUGAGCUGAGAUCACACCACUGCACUCCAGCCUGGGCAACAGAGUGAGAGACUUCAUCUCACAGACAAAAAAAUUGAUAGAUUGUUUACCCUAGUGUUCUAACUGCUAGAUAUAGAAGUAACUAAUAAAAUUAAGGGGUUCUUUUUGACCUCAUGAAGCUUAGAUUCUAGAGAACAGAAAAAGGCUGUAAACAUAUAAUAAAUGAGAACGGUAGGAAAAGACACAAGAGCAACUUGAUGGAGGGCCUUAAAGUCAACAGUAGCCAUUUGAAUUUUAAGAUGAGAAGCACUGGAAGAUUUAAAACAGGGUAGUGAGGUUGCUCUGCCUAUGAAGUAGCCAAUGGUAUAUUUUUAAUUUUUAAUUGUCUUUUAUUCCUUUACUUUCUUAAUAAACUUGCUUUCACUUUGCACUGUGAAAAAAAUUAAAUGAAAUAGUGUCGUAAGAUUAGCUUGAUGUCCAUUUUAAGUCAUUAAAACAAAAACCAUAUCAAAGUGGUUGGUGUGUUUCUUUACAGUCUUUUUUUCUUUACAACUUAAAAAACAUAUACGAAUAUAAAUUUCAUAAAGUCAGGGAUUAUUUGUAAUUACUUCAUAUGAUGGUUUAUCACAGUCCUCUCUAAUCUAUACAAUCAGUUUGCUUUUGAUUCUAUUAGGUGAUAUAAAUUUCCUAAGAGAAAACUAACCUCACAAUAAUGUUACUGCAGUUGGCCAACUCUAACCACUGCUUUUGGAACUGCCUUUUCUCUUUGCUUAUCACAAACAUAAACACAUACACACACUUUUCAUCUAAUAGUAUGACGGAAAUAAUAGAGACUCUAGAGUCAGACUUGAUUAUUUUUUUUAACCUCCUUUGGCUUCAAUACCUUAUCUAUAAAAUGCAGCUAUUAACAUCUAUUUCCAAAACCCUGUUUUGAGAACUAAGGAUAAAGUAUAAUAUAUUGAGUUUCAGGCACACAGAGGUUGCUAAAUAAACAAUCACUCCUUAUCCUGUGCUUUUUCUCUUUCAUCCCCAUCACUCAAGCUUCCAUUCUCAGAUCUAACAUAUUUGUAAAACUAUGUAGUUGGCAAUUGAGGCCUUAGACUAAAUCUUUAUACAAAAUUUUAAAGCCCAUUACAAUAGCACCCACUAAUCCAAUGAUUAGUGGCAUGAUUCACUGCAAAAAAAUCUUCCACAGACUUCUGAAAAUAUUUUAAAAUGUUAAAAAGGAACAUGGUAUUAUUAUAGAACUUUUAGUUAUGCUAUAAAAUAAAUUUAAAGUUGGCCACUUUCAAUUGAAAUCUUAUAAAAGAGCAUACUAAAUACAUUUUUUAACCAGUGGCAAAAGAAGGAAAUAAGCGUUGAAUAUCUUGGUAUAAAAACCUAGUAUUUCAUUUCAUGCAUCUAUCAUUCAAGAGGUAUUUUAAAAAUACAGAGUCAUGGUGCUUUUGGAAGUCUAAUAUUAUGACAUGUAAUUUAUACGGACUAAUAGCAUUAUGUUCUCUCAGACAUCUUAUUUUGUAAUAUUCAAUUUUUCAAGACCUAAUAUUAACAGAAAGAAGAAAAUGUUAUAGACAAUUCAAAGUAAUCUGUCAAGUUUUAAAUUUACCAAUAUUUUUUUCUUGUCUACUUUGGAAUAAUCACUUCGCUGGUACUAUUCAGCAAUCUUCAUUCGUCCUGUUAGUUUCUUAGCACAAAGACUAAUUCUAAAUUUCCUCCACUCCACCUCAAAUCCACGAUCCUUCUUAAUACUUAAUUCCUUCUUAAUAUUUUAUUUUCUAUAUUACUUUUGUCUUCCACUGUGGCAUUAUUCCCAGUAAAGACAAACAUCUGUGUACCUUCACCUCCUAAUGGAAAAAUCUUUCCUGUCUCUAGCAUGACUGAUAGAUUAAUUACCUCAAUUCUCUUUUAUCUUCAGUAUCUUCCUACAAGUCAACUUGGUCUUAAGUUCCCUUUUACUCAAGCUCCUGUCUCCUCUAAACUGCUCUUCUUAAGACUACCAUAAUCGACGUGUGAAUAUAUUAGUGUAAUCGUGUUUGUAACUUGGUAAAAAAACAAAAACAAAACACUAUUUAGCAAACUGAAGUAACAGAAUUUUGUUCAUUUUUCUACGGGACAUUUUAAAUGACCUAUUUCUUUAAAGUUUUAUCUGUAUUACAGGGCCUUAAUGUCUAGUUUCACAACUAUAUUAACCAAGCCUGAAGCAGGCUACAGUUAGGCAAUAUUUUCCAAUAUAAAGACCUCUGAUUAAAUUCUUACUGUGAAUCUUUGGAAUUUGGCAUGAAACAGAACAAGCAUGAUUGCACCUGUUCUUCCCUAUUGUAAACCAUCUUCGGUGUCAACAUAUACAAUAAGUUUUGUGGUAUUUCCACCUGGUUUUCUAUUUUCAAAGUACCCUUGUAUGACACAGGCAUAAAAAUACUUUAAUUCUAAUCUGCCAUUUUCCUUACUCUCCUCACACUUUUUUGGACGGCUUAUAAUUUUCGAUAUGGUACAAAGCUCACUAACUGGUUCUUUGCUAGAGGCCUGCUACUGAUACUGAUGGUCGCUAAAUGCUAGGUACGCCGCCGGUAUUGCUCUUACUUCAAUACCGACAUCGCAGGAUAAAGGCAGUCACAUUUAGGCGCGCAAGCGCAAUUCUUGAUUAAUGAGCCAAGGCAAAGACUUCUCAAUCCGAGUUUUGAGGUUUCCUUACUUUUCCCCCAAAUGCUCUUUUCCUCGGAUUUCACAUCAAUAGCACUUAUUCGAGUUUUCACGAGUAACCUGACGCAGGCGGAACCGACGGAGACUAGCCGGCAAGAAUCCUACAGUCGCAGCCAUCUGCGCAGCGUCCGCCGGGGACGCUCCGCGCGGAAGACUGCCUGUGACUCGACACACUCUCCAGUGACGCGGCCGUCGCCGCAACUGCGCGGCGGGGCGGGAAGGAGACUCCCAGCCCCGGGGGGAAGGGAGUCUACUACUCGGGACGGAGGUGGGGGAGCAGGGAGAGAGAGAGGGAAGAAGGGAGGAGGAGAGAGGCGGACAGGCGGAGGGGCGGAGGGGCGGUCCUUCCCGGAGGUUCUUAGGUCCUUCACUUCCUGUUUGCCGGCACUUCAAAAUCCGGGUCAAAGGGUGUCGCUUCGGUCUCUUCUACCCGGCUGAUCCCAGCACUCUCCGUGACAGCGCCUCCUGACUCAGCCGAGGACCGGCUUCUUCUCACGACCUGCUGGAGACUGGACGCCCACACCUGACCCGGAACUCGGAGGCGUGCUUCCUCCACCCGCCGGCUAGCAGCCCCGGGCCCUGAGCGCCCGCCGACGCCGCUGGGGGGCCCGACAGGCCCCUCGGCGCUGAUGCUGAGUGGGAUCGAGGGCCCGGGGCGGCGGCGGAGUACGGGCCUCUGGCGCCUUAGGCCAGCCGCAGGUGUCGGUUCUUACGCUCUCCAGGCUCGCCAGCUCCUGCCCCGGCUUGGAUGGGUCUCCCUGCCCCAUAAAUGUGGCUGCUGAGGCGGCGGUGGCCGUGGCCCGUCGCGCUGCUGCUGCGGCGCUCCAAGUUCAUCUCCGCCCCGGGGCUCUCCUGCCCCAUCUUGGGGCUGCCGCCACCCGCUCCUUAUCCCUUGGCCCUGGCCUUGCAGCGUGGCGACAAUGGACAAGAUCCUGGAGGGCCUUGUGAGUUCCUCGCAUCCCCUGCCCCUCAAGCGGGUGAUUGUGCGGAAGGUGGUGGAAUCGGCGGAGCACUGGCUAGACGAGGCGCAGUGCGAGGCCAUGUUUGACCUGACGACCCGGCUCAUCCUGGAGGGCCAGGACCCUUUCCAGCGGCAGGUGGGGCACCAGGUGCUGGAGGCCUACGCACGAUACCACCGGCCAGAGUUCGAGUCCUUCUUCAACAAGACCUUCGUGUUGGGCCUCCUUCAUCAGGGCUACCACUCUCUGGACAGGAAGGAUGUAGCCAUCCUGGACUACAUUCACAACGGCCUGAAGCUGAUUAUGAGCUGUCCGUCGGUGCUGGAUCUCUUUAGCCUCCUGCAGGUAGAGGUGUUACGGAUGGUGUGUGAGAGGCCGGAGCCGCAGCUCUGUGCCCGACUGAGCGACCUUCUGACCGACUUUGUGCAGUGCAUCCCCAAGGGGAAAUUGUCCAUCACGUUCUGUCAACAGCUGGUUCGAACGAUAGGCCAUUUCCAGUGCGUGUCCACCCAGGAAAGAGAGCUGCGGGAAUAUGUCUCCCAGGUGACAAAAGUGAGUAACUUGCUGCAGAACAUCUGGAAGGCCGAGCCUGCCACACUGCUGCCUUCCCUGCAAGAAGUUUUUGCAAGCAUCUCUUCCACAGAUGCAUCAUUUGAACCUUCUGUAGCAUUGGCAAGCCUUGUGCAGCAUAUUCCUCUUCAGAUGAUUACAGUUCUCAUCAGGAGCCUUACUACGGAUCCAAAUGUAAAAGAUGCAAGUAUGACCCAAGCGCUUUGCAGAAUGAUUGACUGGCUAUCCUGGCCAUUGGCUCAGCAUGUGGAUACAUGGGUAAUUGCACUCCUGAAAGGACUGGCAGCUGUCCAGAAGUUUACUAUUUUGAUAGAUGUUACUUUGCUGAAAAUAGAACUGGUUUUUAAUCGACUUUGGUUUCCUCUUGUGAGACCUGGUGCUCUUGCAGUUCUUUCUCACAUGCUGCUUAGCUUUCAGCAUUCUCCAGAGGCGUUCCAUUUGAUUGUUCCUCAUGUGGUUAAUUUGGUUCAUUCUUUCAAAAAUGAUGGUCUGCCUUCCAGUACAGCCUUCUUAGUACAAUUAACAGAAUUGAUACACUGUAUGAUGUAUCAUUAUUCUGGAUUUCCAGAUCUCUAUGAACCUAUUCUGGAGGCAAUAAAGGAUUUUCCUAAGCCCAGUGAAGAGAAGAUUAAGUUAAUUCUCAAUCAAAGUGCCUGGACUUCUCAAUCCAAUUCUUUGGCGUCUUGCUUGUCUAGACUUUCUGGAAAAUCUGAAACUGGGAAAACUGGUCUUAUUAACCUAGGAAAUACAUGUUAUAUGAACAGUGUUAUACAAGCCUUGUUUAUGGCCACAGAUUUCAGGAGACAAGUAUUAUCUUUAAAUCUAAAUGGGUGCAAUUCAUUAAUGAAAAAAUUACAGCAUCUUUUUGCCUUUCUGGCUCAUACGCAGAGGGAAGCAUACGCACCUCGGAUAUUCUUUGAGGCUUCCAGACCUCCAUGGUUUACUCCCAGAUCACAGCAAGACUGUUCUGAAUACCUCAGAUUUCUCCUUGACAGGCUCCAUGAAGAAGAAAAGAUCUUGAAAGUUCAGGCCUCACACAAGCCUUCUGAAAUUCUGGAAUGCAGUGAAACUUCUUUACAGGAAGUAGCUAGUAAAGCAGCAGUACUAACAGAGACCCCUCAUACAAGUGACGGUGAGAAGACUUUAAUAGAAAAAAUGUUUGGAGGAAAACUACGAACUCACAUACGUUGUUUGAACUGCAGGAGUACCUCACAAAAAGUGGAAGCCUUUACAGAUCUUUCGCUUGCCUUUUGUCCUUCCUCUUCUUUGGAAAACAUGUCUGUCCAAGAUCCAGCAUCAUCACCCAGUAUACAAGAUGGUGGUCUAAUGCAAGCCUCUGUACCUGGUCCUUCAGAAGAACCAGUAGUUUAUAAUCCAACAACAGCUGCCUUCAUCUGUGACUCACUUGUGAAUGAAAAAACCAUAGGCAGUCCUCCUAAUGAGUUUUACUGUUCUGAAAACACUUCUGUCCCUAAUGAAUCUAACAAGAUUCUUGUUAAUAAAGAUGUACCUCAGAAACCAGGAGGUGAAACCACACCUUCAGUAACUGACUUACUAAAUUAUUUUUUGGCUCCAGAGAUUCUUACUGGUGAUAACCAAUAUUAUUGUGAAAACUGUGCCUCUCUGCAAAAUGCUGAGAAAACUAUGCAAAUCACGGAGGAACCUGAAUACCUUAUUCUUACUCUCCUGAGAUUUUCAUAUGAUCAGAAGUAUCAUGUGAGAAGGAAAAUUUUAGACAAUGUAUCACUGCCACUGGUUUUGGAGUUGCCAGUUAAAAGAAUUACUUCUUUCUCUUCAUUGUCAGAAAGUUGGUCUGUAGAUGUUGACUUCACUGAUCUUAGUGAGAACCUUGCUAAAAAAUUAAAGCCUUCAGGGACUGAUGAAGCUUCCUGCACAAAAUUGGUGCCCUAUCUAUUAAGUUCUGUUGUGGUUCACUCUGGUAUAUCCUCUGAAAGUGGGCAUUACUAUUCUUAUGCCAGAAAUAUCACAAGUACAGACUCUUCAUAUCAGAUGUACCACCAGUCUGAGGCUCUGGCAUUAGCAUCCUCCCAGAGUCAUUUACUAGGGAGAGAGAGUCCCAAUGCAGUUUUUGAACAGGAUUUGGAAAAUAAGGAAAUGUCAAAAGAAUGGUUUUUAUUUAAUGACAGUAGAGUGACAUUUACUUCAUUUCAGUCAGUCCAGAAAAUUACGAGCAGGUUUCCAAAGGACACAGCUUAUGUGCUUUUGUAUAAAAAACAGCAUAGUACUAAUGGUUUAAGUGGUAAUAACCCAACCAGUGGACUCUGGAUAAAUGGAGACCCACCUCUACAGAAAGAACUUAUGGAUGCUAUAACAAAAGACAAUAAACUGUAUUUACAGGAACAAGAGUUGAACGCUCGAGCCCGGGCCCUCCAAGCUGCAUCUGCUUCAUGUUCAUUUCGGCCCAAUGGAUUUGAUGACAACGACCCACCAGGAAGCUGUGGACCAACUGGUGGAGGGGGUGGAGGAGGAUUUAAUACAGUUGGCAGACUCGUAUUUUGAUCCUGAGAGAGUCCAAAAUGCACUGGUCACGAAACGUCUAAUACUAUGACUGUUAAAAUGUCAGACUAUAACAAAUAUCUAUCUUUUAUUUUUCAUUAGACCCUUAUACUUCAAGAGAACACACUCAGUGCUUGUUUUUAUUUUCUUGACACAUCUAUUAACAAAAUGCAUCAUGGGAAAAAAAUCUACCUCUUAAAAUUCCAUUUGCUUUUAUGGUUAGACAUGCUUGACCAAAAAUAUUCAGAAGAAAAUAUGUACCUGGUCCUUAAUUAAGCUGCGUUAAAUUUGGUAGAAGCAUUUAAAUGGUCUAUCUUCAGUUUUACUGAACAAAAAAUGUAAUUUAUUUAGCAUUCUUUAUAAAAGAAUUGAUGCUAGAGGUAAAAAAAAAUACUUGUUUUUAAAAAAUCCUUUACGUCUUGUGUAAUUACCCCAUUAUUAAAUUCAAGUCUUUGAAAAUCAACUAGAGAUUAUAAAGUCUCUAAAGAAGGCAAUAACAAAAUUUAUCAAGAUAUAGUACUUUUCAGUUUUUGUUUAGUGUCUUCAGCAUCACCGUGUCUGUAUUUCAAGUACAAAUGUUUUUAAAAAGGAUUCUUUAUACAUAUGUGCUGAAUUGAUUUUAAGAAAGUUGCAUGAUCCUGUAGGAGCAACAUUUUUACCUAAAAAAUGCUAACUUUAUAGUAUUUCUAAUUGUUCAAGGAUUUUAAAAUUCUAUUUCAGGGAGUAUAUCUUCUGUGUGUUUUGAAGGAGGUGAGUUCUGUAUGUGCCUUGCAGUACUGUAAUUCAAAAAUAGGAAUCUUUGGCUGCGAAAUUUUAAUGAAAUAUUAGGAAGUAAUUUUCGUGCUAACAUUAAAAUUAUAACUUUUUGAAAGGUAAUAGAUUUUCCAGAAGUAAAAUCUGAUGGUUCUAAAUCAAUCAAUGUGAUAGUUCAUUUUUAACUCUUAGAAGAAUUCAGAGGAAAUGAACCCAGCUAAGUAAAAAAAUCUGUCUUGAUUUUGUUACUUAUUCCUCAGAAUAUUAAACAUUGAUCACAUA